AGCCAAAUGUGUUCAUUGCGAUACUCAUUCAUCUUGUACGAGACGCAUGGAACAGUGUCUUUCGUAACAUCACUAACCCACAGCUGACUGUACACGUACUUUUAAAACAAAAUUACGACAUAAGGCAAGUCGAAUUACUGGUAUAUUUUGAUAUAUCGUAGCGUGAAUUUUGUACCUCAUUUCUCGAACAAGAUCACACGAUUAGCAAGAAUCGUUCCAUCUGAGAUAAACAGCGAUUGUUUUGCUGUUUUAGCAAGAUUACUUUCAUUCGUGAAUAUAACAGAAGUUUCCUGUCCAAGUCAUUUUCGAGUUCGUCAAUUUAAUUACGCAUCGCUAAUUUGCACCACGAGACGAUAUUCAAGUAAAACUCUCGAAGAAGAUUGAUCAAGAGGCCAAYACUUCGUUAAAUACAUUGUAUAUUUCCUCUCUGGACCUUGGAGUGCCGAUUAGGACGACGACAAGCAAACAAGCCCCGAUCGUCCUUUCCAAGCCAGCAGCUGUAGGCUGUGUGUGUGGGUGUUCAACUAAGCGUACUGAGUUUGUACUAUGAACGAAAUUAUAAUGCCUUCGCUAACACAAUCUUACGCCGAGAAAUUCGCAGCAAAUUGGGAAGCUCAAAAUCCUGCUGAAGAGGAGGAUGAGAACAGCUCCUUGGACGAUAGUUUAACAAAUUUACAAUGGCUACAUAACAUAAAUAUACAGGACAUUACUGCAACUAGGAACUCGACAUUAUCUGACGCAUCGAGUGUGAACGAAGGGUCAAAUAGUUCGGAUAGUGACUGUCAGAGCGAGAGCGGAGAUUCCAAGGGAUCAGAAUUAUUGUCAAAAGAACCGAAUAUUGACUACAAAAAUGAUCCACAUCACAAACCUCCUUACUCCUACGCUACACUAAUAUGCAUGGCAAUGAGAGAGACCAAAAAAGUAAAAAUAACGUUAAGUGCUAUUUACAAGUGGAUAAAAGAAAACUUCAUGUAUUACAGGGUUGCGGAUCCAACUUGGCAGAAUUCAAUCCGUCACAAUCUCUCCCUGAACAAGUGUUUUGUAAAAGUCGCAAGRAAAAAAGACGAACCAGGAAAAGGAGGCUUUUGGAAGAUCGACCCGGCAUACGCUGACAUGUUUGUGGACGGCGUUUUUAAAAGACGGCGAGGUGUCAACACGCAGAAAAAUGCCAAAAAGAACGCCAAAAAGACCAUCAAAAAACCCAUCGAAAGCGACAGGAAACGUUUCACAUCUCGACCAAGCGACGAGUCUAAAAUAAAACGACAGAAAUUCAAUACCCUUCGUGUAACCGACCCUUCUGACAUUUUCGAUGGCUGUGAUUUUUCCGAGGAGGAAAUACCGCCGUUUUCAGGAGGAUUGAAAGGAAAAUUCAGCUGGCAUUCGCUUCUAACUAACGACGAAUUGGAUGAAAGCAUUCGUGAGCUCGCAGAUGCUCAUGGGAUAAAUUUAGACAGUCCAAAUAAUCACAUAGGGGGACUAUCGUCACCAGCAUUAAGUCCACCCCCGUCUACGGGUAGUCACGAUGAUACAUUUGAAGUCGAUCCAGAUUUAGAUUUAACUAUACAAGGCAUUGCAAUCCAACCACCAAGGGAUCACCUUACUACCCCCUCCCCCACAGCAUUAACAGAUGCAACACAGUCAUUAUUCAAGUACAUGCCCCCGUCACCACCCCCCUUGUACGACGAUGAUCACCCAUGGGCUGAUUCGUGCUUCGAUAUGAGAUAUACAGAUGAAAAUAACAACAUAUUGGACAGUGUAUGGUAACUACCACAGGUAAUCCACGCUGGAAUAUUUAUAGAUUAGAAUUGCUAGCUAAUAUUCUCUGCGCAAUGCUUGUCUACAACUGUGGGGUAUUAUUAAGAACAGAGGAAUUAGAACGGCAAAUUCCAAUAAAUGUGUUGUAUAGGGUCAUUUUUCAACCUUCUAGCUCCAAACUUGCACUUCAGAGAGUACAUUUUCUUGGAAAAAGUGAAUAKAUUUCAUUAUCUUGACCUAACGAAACGCCAGUAGGUCCCCCAGGCUAGUUCCAAAGAUCUUAAAAUCGUUACAGUUGUCGACAAAUAUUGUGCUUUUAUAGAAUAUAAAUAUCACAAAACUAAAUUUGAUUAAUUUAUAGUAUUAACGAGUUUAUUUAAGAAUUAAUUAAGAAUAUAAAAUAAGACCAAAAUAUGUAGCGUGCCCAUAUAGGAGUGUGAAUUUAUGGAGUGAAAUCUUUAAAAUCUUACGCMAAAUUUAUUUCAAGCAUUUAAAGGUUGAGAGAUUAAAAUAUGCUAUUACUAUGUUAAUAAAAGUUCCUAAGUARAAUGAGUUUUUUGUAUACUAAUGACGUCCCAGCAAAAGCGCGCAGACCUCAUUUGUUGUCUAAAGAUCUUGGCCCUAAAGCGUGCAAAGGAUCAUUGUCGAMGUAGUCAGUAUAAUAUUUUAGUCUCAUCGACCAACAYAAKCUUCAAAUCCAAAAUUUAAGCCAUCAUUUCAUCGCAAAUUAUCUAAAAGAAAGUUGCUAAGGCAUGCAAAUGAAUAUUUUUUAUGGAAAUAUUUUGUGUAAAAAAAUCACCAGUGCAUAAMUUUUGAAUUAUCAAUUAUAAUUAAAAGAUAAAGUUUGUAAAUAGAAUUAUAAUAUGCCCUUUACGUACGCUACAGUGAAGGUGUACAAUUAUGUAACUCGUGGAUUGGAUAGCAACCGAAUAACAGACGCGCACUCGUGCGCUUGCAGUGAUAAUAGGCCAUAUUUGGAUGUUAUAUAUUCAAAGCCAUUUCGCGAUUGUAAAGGUCUUCAAUUUAAGUCUGUUAUUCGUCGAUUAUUCGACAACAUUUUUUUCUCAAUGGGUUACAAUGUACUAAGGGGGAAGGGGGGGCGGGGCGAACUUGUAGUCAUACAUUUUAUAUGAUGUCUGUUAGUAGACAUUCGUAGCAAAGUUGCUAUACUUAAUAACGUCUGCUGCACUUUCCAUUCCUAAUAAAAAUAUCAUGAUUUGACUUCGUUUCGAGUGAAUAUCCGUUUCACAUCGGAAAMUCUAGUUUAGUUUGAAUUAAGUUUAGCUAUGUAUUUGUUUGGGAUCUGAGGAGCAAAAUAUGCGUACCAARAGCGAGUGCUUACUUGCGUAAAAUAGUAAUAUUAUGUGCCCUUUAAGGACCCUAGGGUUCUUCACGCAUAGAAUUAUUAUGUAACCUUUAGUUGUGUAAGUACCCUAGGGUUCUUCACUAAGCAAGCACUCGCUAUAAUUUCUUUUCUAGUUCAUUUCAUUUAUUUGACUAUUACAUUGAACUGCUAGCUUUGGUUUCACGCCWGUUACAACUAAAUACUUCUGGAARCGAUCCGUGACAAUUUUUAGCAGUUAUGAUUGUAAGGUUUACGUUGGGAUAUCGUGCGCACCUGCGAUGCUCUCUACACUAUCAGUAUGCGCAGGCGCGUGCGMAAUUAUUACUUUCAAAAAUUGUGGGCAACCAUGUGGGACAUGGAUAAUGAUUAGAAAGCAUACAUCAAUAUCAGGGAGUGCUUUAAGUUUUGCAUUUAAGUGUAUAUUAGAUUAUUAAAAUAAUUAGAAAAAUUUUAGUAUUAGAUAGAUAUGUGUGAAGAAUUUAUUUGAAUAAAAAUGAGUGAAAUUUG